CAUAGUCCUCUAACUUCGACUCCAGUGUGCCGCGCAGUGUGCGCAAAUUCAUAAACCCUCCCUCAGGUUUGGUGGUUUCUGAAUCUCGAGAGUUGAAACCAGGCGUGAAGACCCUCUUCACUCUCAAAGAAGAUGACAGCCUACAGAGAGAUAACUUCUGUUUACAUGGAACUCAGAAAUCUCCUGCAAAUCAUGGCCUCUGCCCACCCUAUUCUUGUGCUACAGUCCGGCCCAGAUCCUUUUCCCCUGGCCCGGCUCCCGACUGGAGACUGCGAACGCAACGCGGGGAACCUAGUGUGGGCGGAACUCUCGUGCAGCGGCCGGAGGCUUCCAGGGGAGAGGCAAAGGCGACGGGUCCGCGGAGGUAGAAAAGCGUCGGACGCCGGACCGAUCAUGGACGCUUGACAACCUGCGGGCAGGCGCCGGGAGGCCGAGACAGCGACCAAGAACAUAGAGGGGCGGCGAGAACAGAUCUCAAGGCCAGAGAAUGGCAGGUGAACAGAAACCCUCAAGUAACCUCCUGGAACAGUUUAUUUUACUAGCCAAAGGUACUAGUGGCUCAGCCCUCACUGCUCUCAUAAGCCAAGUCUUGGAGGCUCCUGGAGUGUAUGUCUUUGGAGAAUUGCUGGAGCUGGCCAAUGUGCAGGAGCUCGCAGAAGGAGCUAACGCGGCUUAUUUGCAGUUGCUGAACCUGUUUGCCUAUGGAACAUACCCGGAUUACAUAGCCAACAAGGAGAGCCUGCCAGCACUGAGCACAGCUCAGCAGAACAAGCUGAAACACCUCACCAUCGUGAGCUUGGCGUCCAGAAUGAAGUGUAUCCCCUACUCCGUGCUGCUGCGAGACCUGGAGAUGCGGAAUCUCCGGGAACUGGAAGACCUCAUCAUUGAAGCUGUCUACACUGACAUCAUCCAGGGCAAGCUGGACCAGCGAAACCAGCUGCUGGAAGUGGAUUUCUGCAUUGGCCGGGACAUCCGGAAGAAGGACAUCAACAAUAUUGUCAAGACCUUGCACGAAUGGUGUGAUGGUUGUGAGGCAGUCCUGCUCGGCAUCGAGCAGCAAGUUCUGAGAGCCAACCAGUAUAAGGAGGACCACAGCCGGACGCAGCAGCAGGUGGAGGCAGAGGUUACCAACAUCAAGAAGACACUCAAAGCCACCGCGUCCUCCUCGGCUCAGGAGAUGGAGCAACAGUUGGCUGAACGGGAGUGCCCCCCUCACGCUGAGCAGAGGCAGCCCACCAAGAAGAUGUCCAAAGUGAAAGGUCUGGUCUCCAGCCGCCACUAGGGCCGGCGGGGGCAGCUGGCACUCACCAGGCCUGGGUCAGGUGGGGAGGGGACACCAAGGGCCCGUUCACUCCCCUCUCUACCUUCAGUGAGUUCCAGACCUGCCCAGCCCCUCACCAGCACCUCCCCUCCCUGUUGGUACUGUUCCAGAAGAACCGUUAACUCCCUGCCCUUGCCCACUCCCUCCUGUCCCCAGUUCCCUUCAGACUCAGGGGCUCCACUGAUGCCAUCCCAACAGGGUCAGACACUGCCCAGCUUCCCUCCGGGAGGUUCUUGUCUCUGUUGAAGGGCUUGUCUCCCUCCCAGUUCUUUUGCUCCGUGUCAUUUUGUCAGGCUGCUUAUUGCCAGAGUCAGCUUUAACUGGCCCACAGGGAUGACUGCAAAGGAGGCCCCCCUGAGUGAUUCGGGGCGCUCCUCGUCCAGCCCGUGUACCACAGUACCCACAAUGGUGCAGGCAGUCUCUAGCCAAGGAUCAGAAUGCUGUGUUUUCCCUCUCCUGCCUUGUCCCUUGUCGGCAGCUCUGAUCAGGCCACAGAGGGAUGUGAUGCUGGGCUAUGUUUACUAAACCUGCGGGUUUCCAGCCUCUUAAGCCCAGCUCCAAUCUCUCAGCAGUUAGGAGCACCGGGCUGGCUGACGUCUGGUAUCAGCACCAGCGGAGGUGCCGUGGGCCUGCCCGGUGGCAGAACCUUCUUCCAGCUUGGUGUUCUCUGCUGCCUCCGACUGCUCAGACUGGUUUUCGGUGUGAAGGCUCCAGCUGCCCCCUGGGGCCGUCUGCCAACACUUGCUCUCCCAUGAUCUUUAAUUCCUCCCGGCUGUGUCUGUGGUAGGGAUGGUGGUGCCGCGGCCCCUCCCUCUGGGGAAGGACCUGUUGCUGCCUCUGUCUGUUCCUCCCCCCCGCCCCCCACUGAUGACCCAGAGCCCUCUGAUGAUGGCAUUCUCCUGGCAAGAGAAAAGGACUUGACUAGCCUUUCUGAACUUGAACAGUUUCAGGUUAUAUUUUAAUUUUUUUUUUGUACAGGUUCUGAUUCUAAUACAUUUCAACAUGCUUUUUUUCCC